AUGUCUUCGCAGGACGCCGCUGUAAGGCAUCAGGCCGUUGUGCCGGACAAGAUUCCUUCUGGAGAGUAUCCUCUCAUCGACAAUGACCCACAUAUCAAGCGAGUACUGCGGUACACCCGCCCCUCCGACUGGGCCUAUGGCGCAGCAGUGGGCGCUAUCAGCCCUGGCUUGAUGCUGUACUGGGAGAAGGUCUCUCCCUCCUUCGUUGGAAAGGGUGGAUUUGCGCCAAUCAUGCGGCUGAGUGGUGCCGUUGGUGUUACUGGUUGCUUCCUAUUCGCAUACUCACGGUCUUGCAUGCGCUUCUACGGUGCGCGCGAGAACCGUCGAGAGAUCGAGAUGGAUAUGCGCGAGAUGGUCGACAAGGUCAAGCAGGGACAGCCGCUGUACGGCACAUCCGAGAUGACCGAGUACAUGCAGGGAGUCGCGCACAGAAACUCGCGAUACGCAGCUACAUUCGCUCACGUCCUGCCGUGGCCGAACUUUGUCAACCACCCAUACCAUGGAGUGGAUACCGCGAAGUAUUACCGACAAGCAGAGUUGGAGUUGGAACAGGAAAAGCGUGGCCGGUGA